ACUCUAAAGUAAUAAAUACCAUGACAUUAUAAAUUCAGGUGCAUUAGCUAAUAAAAUAUUUUUUGCUGGCUGAGCGUAUAUUUUGAUCAAUUUCAAAAUUUGCCAAAUAAUUUAAAGAGGGAACACAGAUUUUGGCAUAAUUAUUGAUAACACUACCCCACAGAGUCAGUAAUCCUGAUUCAAUAAAGCAGGAACUCCAUUUUUUAGAUCUUAUAUAAUUUCCAGAAGGAUGGUUUUGACCAGUAAAUCCUUCAGCAGAGAGCUCUUCAGAUAUAGCAACAGUAUCACAAAGCAAGUUUCUCCGAGGAGCAUAAAUAUCUUCCACAAAAUUAUCACCAAUGUAUAAACAUCUAGAUUUUUUGCUUGAAUGAUUGCAGAGGACAGCAUAUAAAUCUUUCCAAUUACCUUGGCUGUAAGCAUUGCCUAGUUUUAUACUAUGCUUCUUUAAUUCAUUUCCUUCAUUUAAGCCAUUAAGAGAAAAAUAUGGCCUAUCCAUUUCAAAAAAGCCUGGUUUACGUGCAUAGCAAAUGACAAUAUCAAACAAAUCUUUCCAAUCAUCACCUAAACAGUUAGAAGCAGUAAAUGAAGCAUUAUCAAUAUUAGAACCAGUAAUUAGAAAUAACUUUUUAGUCUUUUUUAAUUCUCUUAACCAAUGAAUUACUUUAUCAGAACAUUUAUUAAUAUAGUUUUGUGGAUUGGCUUUUAGCCGCCUAAAGAAUUCACUUUCUUCUGUUUUAAAAUGAUCCCUUGAAUACAUGUAAAGAAGAGCUGAAAGUAAAUCACGACCAACAGCAGGAUAAUCAUCAUUUCCAGCAGAUUCUCUUGAAUCUACAGCUCUAGCAAAGCCAAGCGAUGCUGGUAAAUCAAAACAAUCCAAUAAUAAUCUGAAAUUCUGCCUAAAUGGUUCUUGCCAAGCUAGAGUCAAAUUUUUCAUUAUAUUUUCACUUAACUCACAGGUUUUAGAAGAAUCAUAAGCUGCUUUUAUACUAUCUUCAGAAAGAAACUUAGUGCCAUGACUGGCUUUAAUAAUCACACCAUUUUCAUUCAACUUUAAAAUGUUUCCUUUUUUCAAAUCUAAAAUCAAACCUCGCUGAAGAAAGUCCACAGAUUCUGAGUCCAAAGGAGCAUAUAAAUAAUUUUCAUCAUAACCUUUUUUUUCAACAAGGAAUUUUGAUAGUACUUCAUAUUCCAUUUGAGCUAUGGAGUCAAUUUUGUAUUCACAUAUUGUAUUGUCUAAAUCAAAUCCAAUACAGUCAUAGUUACUUAAAGCAAAAUUUUGACAGUUUUCAUUGAAAAUAUCCUUCUUAGAACUGAAAUUUCUAUAUCUAUUUUCAGCACAAGAUAUUUUAAAACUACACUUAUGAUAAUUGUGAAUUUGGCUAAAUAAUGUUCUGCCAGAGGAACAAUUAAAUGAUCUAUUAAAAGAAAACAAGUUUGACUUCAAAGAAUAAAAAUAUAAAUUAUUUUUAAAAAGAAGGUAAGCCUUCAUAACUGAAAUUAUGUAACAAAAUGAUUAAUAAACACUAUGGAUAUGACCUUGUAUGAGGGUUAGGUCUAUUGCAAUACACAUAGGAAACAAUUCUAUUUUUAUAAAAAACCCAAUAACUUUUAGGGGACAAACAGGGAUAUAGUAUAGCACUUAUCAAAAGUGUUAACAUUUUUUGCAUAAAUAAAACUUAUCACCAGACUAUCUUUUAUCACAACUAAAUGAAACAAUAUGUAGGUCAAAUAACCUCCAAUUGGGAGGAUACAAUGCAAGUCCUUACCUCUUCUGGUAAAUGAAUGUAUCUAAUAUUUCUCUCCUUAACAAAAAAAAGAUCAUAAUAAAAUUCAUUUCCGCAGGCAUCAGUAAAUAAAGCAUCACUUAUAACAAUAUUCAUAAACCUGGAAAUUCAGUGCUGUUAUUCCUCUAAAAAUUAAAUCAACACAACUAAAAUGAGAUUACUAACCCAUCAACUUGUUCUAUUUUCCCAGAAAUAAAAGAAUCAUUUCUUAAAUCAAUGGUUGUGUAUGAGCCAGUAACAGCCUGAGCAACACAUAAUAAACUAUUAUAAGAGUUGAAGGCUUCCCUUUUACUUUCCCUCACAGCACCGGCAAAUUCCAUAAUGAGUAGACUAAUAUAAAACAACAACACUAAAACCUACCAAUACGGUUACAUAGCACUUAAACUGUCAAUUCUGUUUUCCUUUUUUAACCAGGAAAACUGCUUGCAAACACGUGCUAAUCAUGGAUAUAACCUAUGUGCAACCUGCUGCAAUGUUUGCCUAUGAAGUGUUUGUUUUUAUAAAGUUGGACAUAAUACCUCUUCACAAUUAAAAAUUUUAUUUUAUUAUCUUUUUCACUGUCAAGUGUUAGUUUAAAUUGUCAAAGCUUCUUGAACUAGUAACAUUGUACAGUGGGGAUAAACAUUAAAUUCUAGCUGUUAAUGGAUUUUAAUAGUUAAUCAAAAAAUGAGUAUUUAUUCUUUAGAGAACUUGAGUGGGGGAAGGAAGUUGGACCUCCCUUCCACUUCAGGCAAAUUAACUUCAACUCUAUAAAUUUUCAGGAGCACAAUAAACAUUUUAGUUUCUUAUGUUGGAUCAGAGAGGUUGGUUCAUUCCAUCUACUUAUUUUAGUCUUAGAAUCUUCCCAAUAAAGUUUAUAUAUGAUGUCAGACUCAACCAUUGUGAUAGUUGAAGCAGUCAGAACACCCAUAGGUUCUAUUAGUGGUUCACUUUCUUCUGUGAAAUCUCAUGAAUUAGGAACUGCUGUGAUUAAGGAGCUUCUUUCCAGAACCAAGCUGCCACCAAGUGAAGUAUCAGAAGUGAUUUUGGGACAGGUGCUUACUGCAGGAGCAGGUCAAAAUCCAGCCAGGCAAUCAGCCAUAAAUGCGGGUGUACCUCUUAAUGCUCCUGCUUAUAUUAUUAAUCAACUUUGUGGAUCUGGCUUAAAGUCUGUUAUGCUAGGAUAUCAGAGUAUCAAGACUGGUGAUGCUAAUAUUGUCAUAUGUGGGGGACAGGAAUCAAUGUCAAUGGCCCCUCAUUGUAUUCUGAUGCGAAAGCCUUUAAAAAUGGGAAACACGCCUCUAGUGUGUACUAUUACAACUGAUGGAUUAACUGACGCAUUUCAUUCAAUCCAUAUGGGAGACACAGCUGAAAAUAUUGCCAAACAAUUCAACAUAUCAAGAAAAGAACAAGAUUUGCAAGCUGUUAUAUCUCAGAACAGAGCUGAAAUUGCUCAAAAGCAGGGCUAUUUUGACAAAGAAAUAGUUCCUAUAACAGUUAAAGACAGGAAAGGAGAUGUAAUAGUUAACAAGGAUGAAUUUCCCUGUCAUGGAACUACAUAUGAAACUCUUGAACGACUAAGGCCUGCUUUUUCAAAAGAUGGUACAGUAACUGCAGGAAAUGCAUGUGGUUGGAAUGAUGGUGCUGCAGGAGUAAUUUUAAUGACAUUGGAUGAAGCCAGAAAACAAAAUUUAGUUCCAAAAGUUAAAAUUCUAGGCUUUGGGCAAAGCGGAGUAGACCCAAAGGUUAUGGGUUUAGGGCCAGUUCACGCAAUUAAAAAUUUGCUGCAGAAAAUAUCUUGGUCCAUUGAAGACGUUGAUCUUUUUGAGAUAAAUGAAGCGUUUGCAGCCCAAAUUAUUGCAGUGGUCAGAGAAUUAGGGAUCGAUAAUGAAAAAGUGAACAUCAAUGGAGGAGCUAUAGCAUUAGGUCAUCCAAUGGCAGCAUCAGGAGCCAGGGUGCUGGUAACAUUGAUACAUGCACUGGAAAGAACAGGAAAGUCAAAGGGUGUUGCAGCUCUUUGCAUUGGAGGAGGAAUGGGUAUCGCUAUAGCUGUAGAAAGAAUUUAGCAAGUUCUUAUGAUUUUGUAAGAAAUAAAUGUACAGCAUUAAAAAUUGGGAAUUUAGAAUCCCUAUUAAAGGCAAAUUAAAAUAACAUAAAGCUUUUUUAUAGUUGGAUAACUUUAUAUGGAACAUUGAACAUUAUGCAAGUAUUUCAGGAGUUUUUUAAAGGGUUUUGUUAUACUAUUAUUAUUGAGUUUAAAAAUACUUAUUACCACUGCCAUGAACUUCUUAGAAGUUUUUAACACUUUUGUUAUUUUAUUAGUAUAACUAACAUUUAUAUGUUGGACAAGUUAAAUAUUUGUAUGUUAUGUUUUAAUUUAAUUAUUUUUUCUAAAAAAAGUUGAAUAAUUGUAAAUAAAAUUAAAUAUAUAUUUUUUUAUUAUUACUUUCCUUUUAGGUUUUGUCAUAAGACAUUCACUAAAAGUGAAUUUAGCAAAUGUAAAAGGUAUGAUUGCAAUAAUUAAAUAUAAUAAAAAAUAUAUAAUGGAUUAGUCCAGGAUAUGUUUAUUAAGAUGAAUAAAACAUUAUAUGGUUUUUUAAUUGUUUUUUUAUGGUAUUAUGACCCUCUUUUUAGAAUAAUUAAAUUUAAACAAAUAUUAGAUCUCCAGGAGGUGGCUCUGUUAAUUCUUAUUGCUUCAAUUUGACAUGGACACAAGUAAAUACUAAAAUACAGUAAUACAAAACAAUCUUGUCUCUAUACAAAUAUAAUAAUUUCAGUUGAUUUCUUCAUAAAUAUUGGGACUAUAAUGCUACCAAAGGAAAUCUGAAAUUUUUCUUUUAUUAUUGUUGUAGAAAUAAUGAAGGCUGAUUAUGAUGUCCAAAACAUAAAAUAGUGUUGUGAAAUAUUAGCAAAUAAAUAAUAUUUAAAAAAGUCAAAGCUCACUAGAGAUCAAUAAAAACUCCUGGAGAUGUCCAACAAUAUAUUAACAACAAAAAAUUUUGUUUUAUUCUCCUCUUAAAUGGUUAGGUUCAGGAUUAAAAUAUUAAACUUGAUGGUUAUGAUCAAGAUCCAGAUUAUAAUGGAACUUAGUUGCUAAGUUGGUAGGGUUCGGCUAGAUCUGCUUUCUGAUGUUCUCUGACUCAUAUGUUUGCAGAAUGCGUUCUGUUCGGUUUUUUGUUCUGAAUCCACAGAAGGGUCUUUCGAUCAAAUUUCUUUUUAAUAAGAGAUUUCUGCCUGUUCAGAUCUGUCUAAAUUCUAAAGAGCUCAAAUUGAUACUUACUACUAACUUUAUAGCACAACUCACGCACUAUAAAGAUCAGUAAAGUCUAAUAGAGCAUCACUCUAUCUUUGUCAUAUAGCUGCUUUAUAUAGACAUAUCAUUUCCUUUAGAGGGUUAGUGGAGUUGACUUGAGGGGAUCCUACUACUUCCUUUGAAGGUUGAACACCUACUUCAUUCCUUAACAGUAUGCAGUGUGCAGGUCUCCACUGAAGUAUGAUAAUGGUUUUGCUGGAGAUAGAGUUAUUUCCUUUUUUUCUAAAGCAAGAGUGAAUGAUUUAUAUUUGAGUUAGAGCUAUAGUAGUAUCAAUAAGGACACAACAAAACCAAUUAAUAACAAGAAAUAUGUAAUGUAAAGUGCUGAAAUCUCUUUGGAAUAAAAGUUUUAUGACCCGAUCUAUUCUUAUUAAUUAUUAAUAUCAAAAUAUGAAUGAAAUAUUUGAAAAUUUAAUGAAUAAGUGUAUUUCAAUUUUAUAAUAUUUAUUCAAUGCAAACCAGAAUCAAUAUGUUUUUUAAAUUACGAAUUUAAUACAAAAUGC